CCUUCGGCUUCUUGCUCAGGAGAGCUGCGAUUUGAGAGUGGAACAUGAUGAAAUCUCCCCCUGGACAAAUCAAAUUGCGGCUGUCAACCUCACCAGGUGGGAUUAGCUGCAGCUAAUAGAGGGAGCGGAGCAAACAGAGAGCCCUCUGCUCAGUUGAAAGGCAAAGGGAAGCCACAGUGCAGGCUUUUCAAGAAUUCUCUUAAUAUGGCAAAGAAAAACUCCUUGCAGUUACAUCAGCUAAUAUCCUUAUUCACUUUUGCUCUUGGGGUGAACAUCUGCAUUGGAUUUACAGCCAAUCGGUUUCGACGUUCUGGAGAUGGCGAAGACACCUUGUUCUCAGUCUUAUCAGAUUCCCCCUGGGUCAGUACUGCUGGAUCCUGCAGAAACAGAUGCUUUGAACUUCAAGAGGCUGAGCCUCCAGGAUGCCGUUGUGACAACCUGUGCAAGAGCUACACCAGUUGUUGUGCUGACUUUGAUGAACUAUGUUUGAAGACAGCUGGAGGCUGGGAAUGUACGAAAGAGCGCUGUGGGGAGGCACGGAAUGAAGACAACGCUUGCCAGUGCUCUGACGACUGCCUGAGCAGAGGAGACUGCUGUACUAACUUCCAGGUUGUUUGCAAAGGAGAAACUCACUGGGUUCAGGAUGAUUGCGAGGAAAUACGAGCUCCAGAAUGCCCAGCAGGUUUUCUUCGCCCUCCUUUGAUCAUCUUCUCUGUUGAUGGCUUCCGAGCAUCCUAUAUGAAGAAAGGUGAUAAAGUGAUGCGCAACAUUGAAAAACUAAGAUCCUGUGGAACUCAUGCUCCAUAUAUGAGACCUGUUUAUCCUACAAAAACCUUCCCUAACUUGUAUACCUUGGCAACAGGACUCUACCCUGAAUCUCAUGGAAUCAUUGGCAAUUCAAUGUAUGACCCUGUAUUUGAUGCAACCUUUAAUCUCCGAGGCCGGGAGAAGUUCAACCACAGAUGGUGGGGAGGACAACCAAUAUGGAUUACCGCUGCCAAGCAAGGGGUGAAAGCUGGUACAUUCUUUUGGUCUACUAUGAUUCCUCAUGAACGCAGAAUAUUAACUAUAUUGCAAUGGCUAGCACUUCCAGACCCUGAAAGACCUUAUGUAUAUGCUUUCUAUUCUGAACAACCAGAUAUUGCUGGCCACAGAUACGGUCCUUUUAGCUCAGAGGAGAGUAAUUAUGGCUCCUCUCUUACUGCUCCGUCUAAAAGACCGAAGAGAAAGAUCACUCCUAGGAAAAGGCAGAAAAGACGUGUUGAUCCUUCAAAGAAAAGAAGAAAAGUGCACAGGGCAGAACACUACGCAGCGGAAUCCCGUCGGAACAAAAUGUCACAUCCAUUAAGAGACAUCGACAAGAUCCUGGGCCAGCUAAUGGAUGGACUGAAGCAGCUGAACCUACAUCGAUGUGUCAACAUUAUCUUCGUGGGUGACCACGGCAUGGAAGAUGCCACUUGUGAAAGAACAGAGUAUUUGAGCAAUUUUCAUCUUAACGUGGAUGACAUAUAUUUGGUACCUGGAACUUUAGGGCGCAUUCGUGCCAGAGCUAACAGUAACGUCAGAUAUGACCCAAAGGUUGUUGUCACCAAUCUCACAUGCAAGAGACCAGACCAGCACUUUAAGCCCUAUCUGAAGCACCAUCUCCCCAAGCGGUUGCAUUAUGCUAAUAACCGGAGAAUUGAGGACGUUCACUUAUUAGUGGAAAGAAAAUGGCAUGUGGCCAAGAGGCCUGGAGAUGUCUUUAAGAAAAUAAAUGGAAAGUGCCUUUUCCAAGGAGACCAUGGAUAUGACAACAAGAUUAAUAGCAUGCAGACUGUCUUUGUAGGGUAUGGCCCUUCAUUUAAAUACAGAACAAAAGUCCCCCCGUUUGAAAAUAUAGAACUUUACAAUGUUAUGUGUGAUCUUCUUGGAUUAAAGCCUGCCCCUAACAAUGGGACUCAUGGAAGUUUAAAUCAUCUACUUCGGAGCAAUACGUUUAAGCCAACCCUGCCAGAUGAAGUUGCUAGGCCACUCUAUCCUGUAGCUACAACAGCUUCAUCUGACUAUGACCUGGGAUGUACGUGUGAUGACAAGAACAAGUUGGACGAACUCAAUAGGCGUCUUCAUGUCAAAGGAACGGAAGGUCCCAACAUCCCCAGCAUAACCAUUUUGGUGGCCAAAGGGGACCGCCCGCUCCCUUUUGCACCAGGAUCCAACCCACUAUGUGCAUCAGAUAAACACCUCCUUUAUGGCCGUCCUGCUGUUCUUUAUCGUACAAAAUAUAGCAUCUUGCAUCAUCAUGACUUUGAAAGUGGCUACAGCGAAACAUUCCUGAUGCCUCUUUGGACCUCUUAUACCAUUUCAAAACAGGCAGAAGUGUCUGGUGUUCCAGAGCAGCUGGUAAACUGUGUACGACCGGAUUUGCGCAUUUCUCCAAGCAAUAGCCAGAGCUGUACACCUUACAGAGUGGAUAGGCAGAUGUCCUAUGGAUUCCUUUUUCCUCCCCAACUAAGUUCCUCGGCAGAAGCAAAAUAUGAUGCUUUCCUAAUAACAAAUGUUGUCCCCAUGUAUCCUGCCUUCAAAAGAGUGUGGAAUUACUUUCAACGGGUUUUGGUGAAGAGAUAUGCCACUGAGCGGAACGGAGUCAAUGUCAUAACUGGACCGAUUUUUGAUUACGACUUCGAUGGCUUAUUUGACACACCAGACAAAGUAAAACAGUACGUGGAAGGCAGCUCGAUCCCAGUUCCAACCCAUUACUACAGCAUCAUAACAAGCUGUUUAGAUUUCAACCAACCGGCUGACAAGUGUGACGGACCACUUUCUGUUCUGUCUUAUAUCAUCCCACACCGGCCUGACAACGAUGAGAGCUGCCUUAGUUCCGAAGAAGAUUCCCGAUGGGUGGAAGAUCUCUUAAAGAUGCACACGGCACGAGUCCGUGACAUCGAGCUCCUGACCGGCAUGAACUUUUACCGGAAGACCAGCCGAAGCUACGCCGAAGUGCUUUCGUUAAAGACAUACCUGCAUACGUUCGAAAGUGAAAUCUAACUUCGUAUCGUAAAUCCGGCACAUCCUCUCAAGUGGUGUAUAUUUUUAUAUUAUAUUUAUUAAUUUGAAAACAGGACAUUAAAAUUAUUAGUGUGUUUUAAUCUCUCGCAUCAAGUCUUAAAACGUUUAAAGUCUCGCGUCAGUCGUUUUUCUCUUUUGAUUUCUUUAAUGGAGGGUGUGUUUUGGGGGCUGUUUUAAUAGGCAGAAAUCUCUCUGGUUUUUGGUUUUUUUGUAGUGCCGAAGCUCUUUAGUGUUUUUGAUUGAAGCUUUCAGAUGGUGCUGCAGCAUUGAUAUUCACAUUGCAAAAACAUUAAUUCCCCCCCGCCCCAGCUCUCCCUUGUCUGGUUUUUAGUCCUGAACUGUGUAUCAAACAUGUAAAAUGACAAUUACUGUUAAUUAUGUGAUAGACAUAUUUAAGCUCCAUAGAGAAUAGAAAUCUAAAUACAAUAAAACCACACAUUCAGUUUU